AUGUUGCUUUUACUUAUCUCACUUACAACAGCAAUCGACGUUAGUUGUAAUAUUUCUUUUUGUCAAGAAUGUAAAGGGGAUCAAUGCUCACUUUGCAUGGAUGGAUUUUUGCUUCAAAAUGGUCAAUGUGUUUAUGGAAGAUCAGUAAUAAAACAUUGCAAAACUAUUAAGAAUAAUAGGUGUUAUAAAUGUUUUGAUGGAUAUCAUAUUCAUCAUGGGGAAUGUGAAAAAAAUGAUAUUUUAUGUGUUGAAUACCAUAAAGGACAUUGUCAAAAAUGUAGAGAAGGAUAUACAUUAAUUGGUGAUGAAUGUAAAAAGUGUAAUGUUCCAGGAUGUGUUGAUUGUGAUGGUGAUGUAAACAAAUGUAAUUGGUGUUAUCAUCAAUUUUUAAGAAUUAAUGGAUCAUGUAUUCAAACAAUUGAUGCUUGUGAUACUUAUGUUAAUCCAUUAUUUGAAAAAUCACCUUGUUUAAAUUGUAGAGAAGCAUAUUGGAUUGAAGAUGGAAAGUGUGUUAAAACUCAAAUUGAACAUUGUAUGUCAGUUAAUAAAGCUCAUUUAUGUGGUACAUGUUAUGAACCAUAUGAGGUUAAUGAAAAUGGAACAGCUUGUGUUAUAAAAGAGAAAAAACAAAUUGAUGGGUCUGAAUUUAAUUUAUAUGUUAGAUGUGAGUUAUUACAAUUAGAUAUUCCAGAAUGUAUGAAAUGUGAUGAUGGAUUUUAUAGAAGUAAUAAAACUGGAGAAUAUAAAUGUCAUGAAUGUACUGAAUCUGAUAAAACAACAUGUGAAGGAAAAGAUAAAGAUAGUUGCAGAAAAUGUAAUUCAGAUUGUUCAUUUGUUAAUGGAAAAUGUGAACUUACUAAUUGUGCAGAACAUUCUCUUCCAUAUGAUAGUAUUCCAUCUAAAUGUAAAAGAUGUAAACCAGGGUAUAUUCCUGUUGAUUUUGAAUUUUGUAAGAAAAGUGAUGGAUGUUUAAAAAAAGUAGGAGACAAAUGUUCUGAGUGUUAUGAUAAUUAUUUUAUAACAAAAGACUUUUCAUGUGAACCAUGUGAUGUUUCUUGUCAAACUUGUUCUAAUUCUGCUAAACAAUGUACAAGUUGUGUAAAUGAAGGAUAUUCACAUAGUUAUGAAACUUGUGAAGUAUGUAGUGAUACUGGAUGCAGUAAUUGUGAUGAAAAUAAAGAUUUUUGUACACAUUGUUAUGAUGGAUAUAGUGUUGAUGAAAAUGGAAAAUGUGUAUUAAAAUGUUUUGAAACUGAUGGUAAAGUUUGUACAAUUUGUCGUGAUAUGUAUGAUGGUAAAUACAAAUUUUAUUUACCAACAAAUGGUACUUGUGAAAGAUAUUCAGAAAUUGCUAAAAAGUUAAAAGAAAAGAAAUGUGAGAAUGGUGUUUGCACUGAAUAA